AAGCCACAGGCGGCCCAGCCACUGAUCAGCUGACUGUCCCCAGUGGGGUGGGAAACAGCAGCACCAGGAGGAGUUGGACCACAGCCCACCUCCCCACAGAACAUACGGCUUCAUCUGAGACACUCACGGGUUUGACUCAGACCAUGAGAAGUGCCCCAGUCACUCCAGCCGAGGUGGGGGCGGCUGGUAAUCCAAGUACUCCAGGAGCCACACGCUUGCCCUCCAAGACGGUCUCUUCUACUUAUCCCGAGACGUCAUCUAGAGAGACUCCAGAUUCCGGGGAGCAAAGGAGCCCAGGACUGCCUCGGUCCAACACGGAACAUCACUUUGCCUCCCCUGAGCUUGGUUCUGAGGGAGACACCACGCUAACCCCCAGUGUUUCCCUGCUGUCACCUGCUUCAGAUCUGGGUGAUAAAGUGCCAGGCUCUAGCACAUCCUCAGUGCAGACAGUUACCUCUUCCACGACCACGGGGAUCCCGGGGAGCCCAGAGAGGACGGAGCCCAACUCAGCUGUCACGUUUCCCAUAACGGCAAGUAAUCCAGCGGCAAGUGCUGGGAGGGUCAGAAGUGCCACCUCUACCCUGGCCCGUCCAUCUCCCCCAGGGGAGGAGACAGCAGGGAGCAUGCUCCCCCUCAGCACCUCCCCCGAGACCCCAGACCCGCCCAGCCUCCCCGCAGCCAGGACUUCGGCUUCGGAACCGUCGGGUGGCCCUGGAACCCUCAGCAUCACCAGUGUGUCUGGAAUGAAGACUUCAUUUUCUCCACCCCCCUCCUCUGCCUCAGAAGAGACCAACACCCUUUUAUUUACUACUGGAGAGGAUUCAAAGAAACCUUUAAAUCCAUCUGUGUCUCCACCUGAGACCUCUGUUUCCAGAGACAAGACCACCUUGGCCUUCACCUCUGUGCCCACGCAAACCCUCUCAGCCGUGGACUCCUGGGCUACACGCUCAGGUGAGUACCCCUCAUCCCACAUAGCGAAUGCCUUCAGGACCACAAACAGCACCUCCAUUGCACAGUCAGCCAACACCACUCUUCCUAAAACUUCUCGGUUGACGAGGACCCCUGCUUUUAUUCCUGCAGCUGCCAUGUCACAGACCAACACUGUACUUCACAGCAAUGCUUGGCCGGAGACGAGUCCCAAAUUUGCAACAAGGUCGCCUCCGGCACGAAGCACUGUGUCAGCGACUGUCCCUCUUUCUGCGGCCGGCGUGGUUCCUGGAUUCAGUUCCCUAAAGACCAGCUCCACGGAAGGAGUGUCUGUGUGGCAGCCUUCAACAGACAACCCAAGAGGUCCAGCCACCGUUCCUUCCGGACCUUCCACCAGGAUGCAGCCCACAGAGGGAAAUGGUGGGGAAAGGAAGUCGGGAACAACCCACCUGCCCAUUGGAACCGCAUCUCCACCUGAGACAUCCACACAUGCCUCCCUGGCCAAGGAAAGCCGUUGGGUCUCAACGAGUGCAUCUCAGUCCACUGGUGCUUCCAGCUCAAGGACUGUACGAAGGACAAGCCACUUGGCUGGCCCCUUGUCUGGGGCCCCCUAUGAUUUGUCCUCUGGGGGGCUUACAGUUUCUGGGGAUGAAACCAGCCCACCUCUGGCUCCAGAAACAACUGCAGUUCACUCGCCUGAUAACUCGUCUUCAUCUGCUGCUUCUGUUGCCCCAGUCCCAGUGGCCACCACAUUUUUAGCCCAGAAGGUCACCGCAAGCACUGUAGCCGGCACAGCCGAGGCUAGUAAAUGGGACAUGCCCAUAUCUUCUAGGACUUCCUCAUCACUUAGCAACUCCCCAGCCAGUGCGGACACAGGGAGGGGCGUCUCUGUUCCCCUGGCUACUCCAUCGUCAGCCCCGUCAGUGGAGCCAUCAGAAGAGAGCGUCGCUACCUCUGGCACCCGCCCAGAACCAACAGACUCACCCGGCGUCCUCCUCAGAGAGGUGCAAACCAGCCCAGAGAGUCACACGCCCCUUGUCUCACCCUCGGUGAAGGCCACCACGGCUGUAUCAAUAGCAAAAAUGGAGACUGAUGAAAUCUCUUACUCUUCUGGGUCGCCACCUGUGAUGUCACUUCCCGGAAAGAUCGGCACCAGUGGUACCGGGGCCUCCGCCACAUACGUCCCCCCUCCGGAUCCGAUGGUGACACGUUCAGCUCAGGUCUCUUCAUCCCAUUUGGUGAAAGAGCUCAGAACCACAGACACUUAUGCAAGAACAGAGUCCGCCAGCCCGGCUGCUGAUGCUGGAAGUCCUCAAAUCCCAAGGACACCCAGUCCCACUAGCCCAGACAGGAUGGCAGGGGCCAGCACAGACACAGCUGAACGCUUCACUGGAUCCCAGGGCACAGAUCCGGCAGAAAAAUCCCCUGGCUUCGGGACACGGUCAACCCUAGGACCAGUGUCUGUCGUGGCCUCUGCCUCCCCUCCCUCUGGAAGCAGCACAUUGGAACUGACCUCUGACGCCUCAGGUGAGUCCUUGACCCUGAGCACCAGUAACGAGAGCACAAUCACUUCUUGGCUCCGGGCUCUCAGUACGUCUCUCCCCAUGGUAACGUGGCUGAGUACCAGCUCAACAGAGGAAAGGGCCUUAAAUGCUCCCGAUGCUUCAAGUCCAAGUUCAUCCAAGACAUUUGCUACAUUUACACCUUCUGUACCUUCCCAUGAACUUGCAGAUCCAGGGGUAGACACCACUGUUCUCCAAAAUACAGAUUCGACCACCGUGGGCACGGGUGGGGACUUAACUCCCCCCACAGCCACAGCCUCCCACCAGCUCAGCAUGAGUCCGUCCGCCUCGUUGAUUCAUGCACCCUCAGAUACUACAACCAUAGCUAUCACAGCCUCAGGGAUGAGGGACAGCACCGAUGUGUCUGCUUCCAGAUUUCCAGGCCUCUCCAGCACAGAAGCCGGGCAGAGCUCAUCUCGGCCCCUCCCCAUUACCUCUCCAUCGACAGAGCCCACAUCCCCAGCAGCACUGACCACUUCAACACCCAAGAGAAGACUCACAUCAGAGGCAACAAGACCAGCCGGCUCCGUGUCUCGAGACGAGACGAGCUCACCCCCAAGGCGGACUGCAGAGGUUCAGAGUCUUGCUUCCAUGGUUAGCUCUGUGGAAACCAGCAGGGGGGUCGCUCAGACGUCUGACCGUGGAAAAACCACAGUCAAUCUGAGAACAAGUUUAGCUGCCCAGUGGAAUUCAUCUCUGCCUUUAACACACAGCACUGUGGGGAUCCCGGCUUUGUCUGAGGCCACCACUCCUGGAAGGCAACGUGGCCCCUGGUCAGAAUCAUCAGUGACCACAGAGAGAGUUGGGCCAGAACCCUCUUCUUCAGUCUCCUCUGUGUCCCCUGAGGUGACCACUGCCUUGGGCUCUGCCCCCACAAUGCCGGAAACUGUGGGCUCCACCUCAUCCGUCCCUAAGUUUAGGGAAAUAACUACUGAGAAGGCAUCAGCUCCCUCCCUGGCCUCUGUACUGCUGGGUGGAAGCUCCCCCCCAUCUCCCCCAGAGGCCACAUCUUCCGUGGGCACCGGGGAGGGCGCAGGGACGAGUCCACUCCUGUCACAGGCCAGCUCAUCUUCCGGAAGGGAAAUCGACUCCUGUGCUUACUCAUCCUCCGGCAUCAGCCACAGUGCUGAUUCUUUUGACCCAUCCUCCAGAGGAGUGACCGGGGCCUCUCGCCUAGACCCCACGGCCUCGAGCUGGAUCUCCUCAUCGGCACUUACUGACUUUCAGGCACAGACAAGCCAAACUUCUCCCAAGACUCCUUCCUCCUCAGGGCCAGAGCACACCAGCCUGGGAGAGGAGAGUGGCCUGGCCAGGACCUCAUCAGGAACAUUUACCUCUUCUGAAGCCAAGGGAGAGCCCUCCUGGACAUCUGUCUCUGUACCGUCAGAGGCUCCAGCUGACAGAGGCACUGAUGGGACUGUGGUGUCCGUUACUCACUUCCCCACAUAUGAAAGUUCCUCAUGGCUGAACAGUGACCCUUCAACACCUGUGACAGUGGUUGAUUCUGCAGGUCCUCAGGAGCCUGUGGCAACCACCACUGGGGAGCUGAGUGAGGGGGCGUAUGGAGGCACCACGUGGUCAACGGGUGACCCCAUGUCUCUGGUGACUGCAGGCAGACUGGGGCCUGCCAGUGUAACCUCCUUCCCAGAACCCAAGCUUUCUGUGUCUGUAUCAGAAAGGACUCAUCACCUGAGCACAGUAAUGCUGUCUUCAGCUGAGACCCUUUCAGCUGACACAUUGGCACCUUCUCCGUCAGCAGCUACAUCUGGAGUCCCAGGUGCCAGCUCAGCCGCCUUCUCAGCCAGUCCAUUAUUUUGGACGCAACCAGGCCCUAAAGAUGCUCUGUCCACUGUGGCAGACAGUCUACCUUCAUCAGUUUCAAUGCCUUUCCCCUCUUCGGCCUCCACUACCACAGAUGUUUCAACCAACCCAGCCCCCCAGGGGAGCACUUCCUCAACGGCUACCCCGCACACAGUGGCCACCAACACAGGGACAGAGGGCAGCACUGCUGAAGGACCCUUGGUUGUGGCCAGUACUUUGGAGACAUGGACCAAGCCAGUCAGGACAUCUUUAUCAUCCAGUGUGGAUACCAGAAUGACAGAGCAGAUUCACUUAGGAACAGAGACGAGGGCUUCUCAACUUCCUCCACACUCAACACAGCUGACAAGGACUGAUGGCGUCGUGGAGCGUAUUACAAAGAUACCCAAUGAAGCAGCCCAUGGAGGUGUCACAGGACCAGUCCAUGUACAUGUGGCACCCACAUCAUCUGCCAGUCCUAUAGGACUACCAACAGACUGGAUGGAGAGAGCAGAGACCACAGCUCUGAAGACCACCUCUACAGCAACUCUGACCACUACUGUCUCUACCCCCGCUUCGGGAACAUGGACUCUCCUCAGGACAUCAGGCAAGGUGACCAGCACAAGCACAAGAGGAACGGUCAUUUCAACCCCAGAUAUUUCUUCUGAUGUUCUACAGAUGACCGCCUCAUUGGCCACCAUACCUGGGGCAGAGACCAGCACAGAAGUUCCCAGGACAACCCCGUCUGUUUUCAAUAGAGGCUCACAGACUACACCCUCACUGGUCCCUAGUUCUGAUGCAGAGAACGGUCCAGCUUCUCCAACUCUGGCUGUUUCCCUUGGUGAGCCAGAGACCACAACCUCACGAGCCUUUCAUUCUGCAGAGACCAGCUUGACUGGUUCCAGGGCAACCUUGAGUGUUUCCCACAGCGAAUCAGACAGUACACCCCCAACAGCUACUGGUUCUGGGGAAAAAGUCAGUUUAGCAGUUCCAACUCUGACUGUCUUUCCUAGUGUACCAGAAAUGGUGACCUCACUGGUAACUAGUCCUGGGGCAGAGAUGAGCACAGUUAUUUCAACUCUGACUGACUCCCAAGAUGAACCAGAGACCAACACCUCAUGGGUCACCCAACCUGGGGCACUGAGCGGUUCAUCUAUUCCAGUUCCAAGUGUCCUUCCUGGUGAGCCAGGGCUGGUGACCUCAAUGGAUACUAAUUCUGGAGCAGAGACCAGCCCAACUGAUCAAACUGCGACUACUUCCCCUGGUGAGCCAAAUGCAGCAGCCUCAUUGGUUACCCAUCCUGGGGCACAGACCAGUUCAGCCAUUCCAACUCCAGCCAUUUCCCCUGGUGUAUCAGGGGUGGGAAUCUCACCAGUUAGCAGUUCUGGAGCAGAGACCAAUACAACUUUUACAACUCUGACUGAUUCUCCACAUGAACCAGAGACAACAGCCUCAUGGGUCACCCCUCCUGGGACAGAAGCCAUUUCCACUGUUGCAACUUCAACUGUUUCCCCUGGUGAGCCAGAUGCAACAGCCUUGUGGGUUCAUUCCACAGAGAAUAGCACACCUGUUUCCAGAAUAACUCCAAAUUUUUCCCAAAGUGAAUUAGACACCAUACUCUCAAUGGCCACCACUCCUAGGGUAGAAGCCAGUUCAGCCAUUCCAACAGUGACUGUCUCGUCUGGUGUGCCAGCUACAGUGACCUCCCAGACCACUAGUUCUGGGACAGACACCAGUACAACCUCUUCUACUCUGACUGAAUCCCUGUAUGGAUCAGACACAACAGUCUCCUUGGUCACCCAUCCUGCAGUGUCCAACCCAACGGUUCCCAGGACAACCCCCAGUGCUUCCCAUAGUGAAUCAUAUAGCAAACCCUCAACAGCCACCAGCCUUGAGACAGAAGCCAGUUCAGCUGUUCCAACUACACCUAUCUCCCCUGACGUACCAGAUAUGGUGACCUCACAGGCCACUAGCUCUGGGACAGAUGCCAGUAUGGUUAUUUCAACUCUGACUCUUUCUCCUGGAGAACCAGCAAACACAGUCUCAUGGGUUAAUCAUCCUGGAGCACAGACCAGUUCUUCCAUCCCAACUCUGACUGUCUCCCCUGGUGUAUCAGGAGUGGGGACCUCACUGGUCACUAAUUCUGAGGCAGAGACCAGUACGAUUUUUCCAACUCUGACUGAUUACCCACAUGAAUCAGAGACAGCCUUACGGGUUACCCAUUCCUCAGAGACCAGCACACCUGUUUCCAGAAUAACUCCAAAUUUCUCCCAUAGUGAAUCAGGUACCACACUCUCAACAGCCACCACUCCCGGGGCAGAAGUCAGUUCAUUUUCAGCUACAACUAUCUCACCAGGCAUACCAGGGUUGGUGACCUUAGUGGUUACCAGUUCUGGGGUAGAGACCAGUACAACUUUUUCAACUCUGGCUGAUUCUCUGAAUGAACUGGAGGCCACAGCCUCAUGGGUCACCUUUUCAGAGAAAGAAGCCAGUUCAGCUAUUCCAACUCUGCCUACUUCUUACCCUGAGGAGCCAGAUACAGCAGUCUCAUUGGUCACCCAUCCUGCAGAGACCAGCUCAACUAUUCCCAAGGCAACACCCAAUUUUUCUUACAGUGAAUCAGAUACCAUACAUUCAAUAGCUACCAGUUCUGGGGCACAGACAAGUUCAGCCAUUCCAACUCUGACCAUCUCCCCUGGCGUACCAGAGGUAGAAAUCUCACUGGCCACAAGUUCUGGGCCAGAGACAAGUACAACUUUUACAACUCUGACUCUUUCUCCAGGUCAAAUGGAGACCACAGGCUCAUGGGUCACCCAUUCUGAGACAGAGUUCAGUUCAGCUGUUCCAACUCUGCCUGCUUCCCCUGGGGAGCCAGAUACAGUAGUCUCAUUGGUCACCCAUCCUGCAGAGACCAGCCCAACAGUUUCCAGGACAACUCCCAAUGUUUCCCAUAGUGAAUUGUAUACCACAUACGCAAUGGCCACCAGCCAUGGGGCAGAAGCCAGUUCAGCUGUUCCAACUCCAACUGCCCCCCGUGGUGUACCAGAUAUGGUGACCUCACAGGUCACUAGUUCUGAGAAAGAUGCCAGUACAGUCAUUCCCACUCUCAAUCUUUCUCCUGGUGAGCCAGGGACCACAGCCUCAACAAUCAUUUAUUCUGAGAUCCAGACCAGCUCAGCCAUUCCAGCUCCACCUGUUUCCUCUACUGUGCCAGAGCUGGUGACCUCACUGGUCACCAGUUCUGGGGUGGAAGCCAGUACAAUGUUUACAACUCUGACUGAUUCCCCACAAAAGGCAGAGAUGACAGCCUCAUGGGUCACCCAUUCUGGGACAGAAACCAGUUCAGCUGUUCCAACUCUGACUAUUUCUCCUAAGGAGACAAAUACAACAGUCUCAUCAGUCACUCAUUCUGAAGAAACUAGCCCAACUGUCCCCAAAACAACUCCAGUUUUUUCCAAACGUGAACCAGACACCACACAGUCAAUAGCCACCAGCCGUGGGGAAGAAACCAGUUCAGUGGUUCCAACUCCAACUGUCUCUCUUGGUGCAGCAGAUAUGGUGACCUCUCACGUUCCUACUUCUGAGACAGAUGCCAAUAUGACUAUUCCAAGUCUGACUCUUUCUCCUGGUGAACCAGCAACCACAGGCUUAUUGGUCACCCACCCCAGUGCAAAGACAAGUACAUAUUUUCCUGGUUCAACUGCUUUUCCUCAUUUACCAGAGACCAUAGCCUCACUCUCUGUCCAACCUGAGCUGGAGAUGAGUACAGCUCCUCCAGUUCGGACUGUUUCCCUCGGUCUACCAGAGACAACAUCCUUCACCACAUCCAUGAUGGAGACCAGCAGAGUUGAUCUGGGUCCAACAGUCUCACCUGGUGUUCCUGUAGAAACAGCCUCACUCUCCACCCAUCUUGGCACAGAUAUCACAACUAUUUCAACGUCAACUCUUUCCCCUGUGUUAUUGAAGACCACAGGCUUAUUGGCCACCAGUGCUGCAUCAGAGGCCAGCACAGGUGGCCCAACUUUGACUGCUGGUGUUCUUGGGCCUGUCAGUACCCCUGAAACCACUGGUGAGUCUCAUACCUUAACUUCCUGGAGCACAGAACCCUCACCACCUGUGACCUCAAUUGAACUCCUGGAAUUGUCCAAGACUGUGACAGGGGACACUGUGACCUUGAUAGCAUCAGAGACCCCAACACCACCUAAAACCAGUCACAGAGAUGGAUCGAGUCCAACUGCUAUCCUGAAAACCACAACUCCUGAGACCACUAAUUUAGCUGCCACAGGCUCAGGCCCCAUCAUGGUGGAGACUGCAGCCACCUUCAAUACAUCUGUGGCAAGUCCCUUUGUCCCUGAGACCUCAGCUGGGAUGUCCACCUUGACCUCUCUGAGUGUGACUUCAGAAACAACUGCAGCCCCUUUCUUGAUGCCUUUUACUGUCAACUUCACCAUCACCAGCCUGCACUACACCGAGGACAUGGGGAACUCGGGCUCUGAGAUAUUCAAUGCCACUGAGAGACACCUGCAGCACCUGCUCAGGACUCUGUUCGAAAACAGCAGUGUUGGUUCCCUCUAUGAUGGCUGCAGGCUGACCUUGUUCAGGGCUGAGAAGGAUGGGCCAAGCACCAGGAUAGAUGCAGUCUGUACCUACCGCCCAGAUCCCACCGGCUUCAGGCUGGACAGAGAGCGGCUCUACCAGGAGCUAAGCCAGCAGACCCAUGGCAUCACUCAGCUGGGCCCCUACACCCUGGACAGGAACAGUCUCUGUGUCAACGGUUAUAACCAUCAGUACUGGACCCCCACCACCAGCACUCUGGUGACCUCCACAUUUUCUCCAGGACCGUCGAUAUCUCUGCCCCCCACCCCCAGCUCUACAGUUGUGGGCCCAGCCCUGGUGCCAUUCACCCUCAACUUCACCAUCACCAACCUGCUCUGCACCCCAGACAUGAGGCACCCAGGCUCCAUGAAGUUCAACUCCACUGAGAGGGCCCUGAAUCGCCUGCUUGGUCCCUUGUUCAAGAACACCAGUAUUGGCCCACGGUACUCUGGCUGCAGACUGACCUUGCUCAGGACUGAGAAGGGUGGAGCAACAACAGGAGUGGACGUGACCUGCACUUAUCGUCCGGACCCCACGGGCCCUGGGCUGAACAGAGAAGAAUUGUACCAGGAGCUGAGUCAGCUGACCCGCGGUGUCACCUGGCUGGGCACCUACACCCUGGACAGAGACAGUCUCUAUGUCAAUGGUUAUAACCACCGGUACUGGAACCCUACCACCAGCACUCCAGUGACUUCUACAUUCUCUCCAGAAUCUUCCACAUCUCAGCCCCCCAUCCUCAGCUCUACAGGUGUGAGCCUGUCUCUGGUGCCCUUCACCCUCAACUUCACCAUCACCAACCUGCGCUACACAGAGGGCAUGGGGCCCCCAGGAUCUGAGCUAUUCAACUCUGUAGAGAGGAUCUUGAAUCGUCUGCUCAAACCCUUGUUCCAGAACAGCAGCAUUGGGCCCCUCUAUUAUGGCUGCAGAUUGACCUUGCUCAGGCCUGAGAAAAAGGGAACAGCCACUGGAGUUGAUGCUGUCUGUACUCACCAUCCUGACCCCAUGGGUCCUAAGCUAGACAGAGAGAAGCUGUACUGGGAGCUGAGCCAUCAGACCCAUGGUGCCACCCAGCUGGGCUCCUUCACCCUGGACAAGAACAGCCUCUAUGUCAAUGGUUACACCCACUGGACCUCAGCCCCCACACCCAGUGCUCCUGUGACCCCUGUGCACUUCCCAGGGACCUCGAUGGUGCCAGCCCACUUCUCCAGCUCCACAGCUGCUGGUCCUGCCCCAGUGCCCUUCACCCUGAACUUUACCAUCAUCAACCUGCACUACACGAAGGACAUGCAGCCGAGCUCGGCAAAGUUUAACUCCACAGAGUCAGCUCUACAACGCCUGCUCAAGCCCUUGUUUGCCAACAGCAGCAUUGGUCCGCUCUACAUUGGCUGCAGAGUGACCACACUAAGGCCUGAAAGGGGUGGAACAGCCACUGGAGUUGACGCUGUCUGCACCUACCGACCUGGCCCUUCGGGUCUCCAGCUGGACAGGGAGCGCCUCUACUGGGAACUGAGCCGCCAGACCCACGGUGUCACCCAGCUCGGUUCCUACAUCCUGGACAGGGACCGUCUCUUUGUCAACGGUUACACCAGACCACCACUGACCCCCAUCCCCAGUGUUCCUGUGAGUUCUACACCCUCAGGAACCUCAGUAGCUCCAGUCUCCUUCUCCAGCUCUACAGUCUCCGGCCCUGACCUGGUUCCAUUCACCCUCAACUUCACCAUCACCAACCUGCGCUACACAGAGAGCAUGCAGUUUAUGGGGUCAGCCAAGUUCAACGAAAUAGAGAAGGUCUUGCAGAGCCUGCUCAGACCCUUAUUCAAGAACACCAGUGUCGGCCCCCUCUACUCUGGCUGCAGACUGACCUCGCUCAGGCCCGAGAAGGCUGGAGCAGCCACGAGGGUGAACACAAUCUGCUCCUACCGCCCCGACCCUGCGGGCCGCGGGUUGGAUAGAGAGAAGCUGUACUGGGAGCUGAGCCGGCUGACCCGUGGUAUCACCUGGCUGGGCCCCUACACCCUGGAGCAGGACAGUCUCUGUGUCAGUGGCUACACCCACCAGACACCAGUAACCGCCCCCAGUGCCACGGGACAUCCCCUUGUGCCUUUCACCCUCAACUUCACUAUCACCAACCUACCCUACGCUGAGGACAUGCAGCCUCCUGGAUCCUUGAAAUUUAACACCACGGAGAGGUCCCUGCAGCGCCAGCUCGGACCCUUGUUCCAGAACACCAGUGUGGGCCCCCUGUACUCAGGCUGCAGACUGACCUUGCUCAGGCCCGAGAAGAAUGGGGCAGCCACUGGAGUGGAUGCCGUCUGCACCCAGCGCCCUGACCCCACGGGCCCUGGGCUGGACAGAGAGAGGUUGCACCAGGAGCUGAGCCAGCUGACCCAUGGUGUCACCAGGCUGGGUCCCUACACCCUGGAUCCCAACAGUCUCUACAUCAAUGGUUUCACCCACCAGACGCAGGCCACCACCCCCAGCAGUCACACCCAACCGGCUUCAGCCACCACCCCCAACACCACUGGCCCCGCUCUGGUGUCCUUCACCCUGAACUUCACCAUCACCAACCUGCACUACACUGAGGACAUGGGGCACCCCAGUUCCUUGAAGUUCAACUCCACCAAGAGGAUCCUCCAGCACCAGCUCAAGCUCCUGCUCAGUAAGACCAGUGUCGGCCCCCUCUACGCUGGCUGCAGACUUGCCUCGCUCAGGCUUGAGAAGGGUGGUGCAGCCACUGGCGUGGACAUCGUCUGCACCGUCCACUCUGACCCUGCGGGCCCCGGGCUGGACAGAGAGCGGCUAUACUGGGAGCUGAGCCGUGAGACCCAUGGCAUCACCCGGCUGGGGCCCUUCACUCUGGACAGGGACAGCCUCUGUGUCAACGGUUACACCUAUGGAGCCACAGCCCCAACUACCACGGCUGGGGAGGCCCGUGAGGAGCUGUUCACACUGAACUUCACCAUCGACAACCUGCGCUACUCAGCGGACAUGGGCCGCCCCGGCUCCCUCAAGUUCAACAUCACAGAUACCCUCAUGCAGCACCUGCUGGGCCCAUUGUUCCAGAAGAGCAGUCUGGGUACCCGAUAUACAGGCUGCAAGGUCACCUCACUAAGGUCCGUGAAGAAUGGUGCCAAGACAAGGGUGAACAUCCUCUGCACCUACCGGCAGCACCCCAGCAGCCCGGGUCUACUUGCGAAACAGGUGUUCCAUGAACUGAGCAGGCAGACCCGUGGCAUCACCCGGCUGGGCCCCUAUUCACUGGACAAGGACAGCCUCUACCUCAAUGGUUAUAACGAGCGUGGUCCAGAUGAGCCUCCCACAACUCCUGAGGCAGCCACCACAUUCCUGCCUAGUUCAUCAUCACCUGGGCAACCAGAAGCCACCACAGCUAUGGGACACAACCUGAAGACCUUCACACUGAACUUGACCAUCUCCAACCUCCAGUAUUCAACAGACAUGAGCCACAGCUCAGCUACAUUCAACUCCACCAAGAGGACCCUGCAGCACCUGCUUGGAUCCUUGUUCCAGAAGAGCAGCCUGGGCCCCUUCUAUUCAGGUUGCAGAUUAAUCUCCUUCAGGCCUGAGAAGGAUGGGGUAGCCACUCAUGUUAACGCCAUCUGCACCUAUCACCAUGACCCCAUGGGCUACAGGCUGGACCGAGAACAGCUUUACUGGGAGCUAAGCCAGCUGACCCAUGGUUUCACCCAGAUGGGCAUCUAUACCCUGGUCAGGGACAGCCUCUUCGUCAAUGGCUACGCACCCCAGAAUUUAUCUAUUCAGAAUGAGUAUCAGCUGAAUUUCCACAUCCUCAACUGGAACCUCAGCAACUCAGACCCUGCAUCCUUGGAGUACACAACCCUGCUGAGAGACAUCCAGGACAAGGUCACCAAACUCUACAGAGGCAGCCAGCUACAAGACAUUUUCCGCUCCUGCCUGGUCACCAACUUGACGUUGGACUCCAUGUUGGUCACCAUCAAGGCUCUGUUCUCUUCCAAUGUGGACCCCAGUAUGGUGAAGCAAGUCUUUCUAGACAAGACCCUGAAUGUCUCAUCCCACUGGCUUGGUGCCACCUAUCAGCUGGCAGAUUUGCAUGUGACAGAAGUGGAAUCAACAGCUCAUCUACCAACAGACAGACCAACAAGCAGUCCCACCUCUCAGCACUUCCAGCUGAAUUUCACUGUCACCAACCUACUCUAUUCCCAAGACUUAUCCCAGCCCAACACCACCAAACACCAGCAGAACAAGAGAAGUAUCGAGAAUGCGCUCAACCAGCUCUUCCGAAACAGCAGCAUGAAGAGUUAUUUCUCUGACUGUCAAGUUUUAGCAUUCAGGUCUGUCCCCAACAGCAACCACACUGGGGUGGACUCCAUCUGUAACUUUUCACCAUUGGCUCGGAGACUGGACAGAAUUGCCAUCUAUGAGGAGUUCUUGAGGCUGACCCAAAAUGGUACCCAGCUGCAGAAUUUUACCCUGGACAGAAACAGUGUCCUUGUGGAUGGGUAUUCUCCCAACAGAAAUGAUGUCUUGACUGAGAAUUCAGACCUCCCCUUCUGGGUCAUCAUCCUCAUUUGCUUGGCAGGACUCCUGGUACUCAUCACAUGCCUGAUCUGCUGUUUCCUGGUCACCAUCCGCCUGCGGAAGAAGGAGGGAGACUACGAGGUUCAGCAACACAGCCUGGGCUAUUACCUGCCACACCUAGACCUGAAGUUGCAGUGAGCUCUGCCUGCGGCUCCAAGGGAGCUUGGCUGGAAUAGAAAUAAACCACAUUGGUCGGACACA